AUGCCCUGCUCAUUAAAAGAAGUUCAUAAUGCCAAUAGUGGCUUUAUAUCUCUCCUUGGCAUAGUCAAACUUACUGUUCAAAUUCAUCAUCUUGAUACACAUAUUGAUGCUUAUAUUACACGUGAUCUUAUUUGUCAUAUGAUUUUAGGUCGUGAUUGGAUUCAACAAAAUUAUGUUAAUGUUAAUUUUUGUACCAAUCGUAUUUAUCUUUAUAAUGGUCUUGCUUCAACUCCUUUAUUACCUAUAUCUCGUAAUGAACCAGUAAUUAUGUCAUUAUCACAUUCUGUUGUUAUUCCUCCAUUUCAUCAAAAAUUUAUUUAUGGUUAUGUACCUCUUAAAUCAUUAGACGAUGCCUUAUUUACACCUAAUAUUGCUCUACAACAUGCUAGAAUGGUCCUAAUUCUUCAUUCACUUCUUCAUAUUCGUGAUAAUCGUGGUGUUAUUUCCAUUAUCAAUAAUACUUGUCAUUCAAGAUACAUUCCACGUAAUAGUCCACUUGGUUUUAUCUAUUCAUCAACUGCAACAGCGGGUCUCAACGUCAUUUAUGCAUCACCUAUGAACUUUUCUGAUUCUUCUUCUUCAUCUUUAUCUUUAUUAUCAUGUAACUAUUGUGGUGUUCGUUUUUCUACUGAAUUAACACUGUAUGAUCAUUUGUUUCAUUGUUGUACGGCUUGUCCAAGCGUAACGCGAUGA